AUGAAGCUUGAUGCCAGAUAUUCUUCCCUGGUAGAUCCAAAUGCAGAUUUUCCCAGCACAAUUUAUCCUGUUUUUUUUCCAAAUGCAAAUGCAGAUCCAAAUGCAAGCGCAGGUGCAUCAAGCAGUGGAGCUGGACACGGUGGUGCUUCUUUUUACAACCCCCCUUUCCAGGGUGAUUUUGCAUCCCAAAAUGUCUUCAGCAAUUCUUCAAAAGAUGGGGUUCGGAGUUCUUCUAUGGAUGCAGUGCUAGGAAGAUUAAAGGAUUUCUUCCUCGGCGUUGAGCAUGACGGAUUGAAAUACAAGUUGGCGCCUGAAAAUGAGUUACAGGCUCUGAAAGACACUGUUCCUGCAGCAGUGCACUUCCAGCUAUGGGGUGACAAAUGCGGGCCAAUGGAAUAUUUCAUACAAUCGGAACAAUCUUCUUUUGAGAGCAGGCAAAAGAGGGAAAGCAAGAAAGAGAACUGGGGAGGGAUAGUCCGGGACAAAGAUGGGAAGUUCAUCCUUCACUUCCUGAUCUCUCUCAUGAUACCUAACAGACCCUUAGCCGGCUGUGAUUAA